AUGAAGUCCACCUUUGCUCUCGUCGGCGCCUAUGCCGCUCUCGCCUCUGCCUUCACCCCCGGCAGACACCUGCACUUCCCUCGCGGCAACAGCACCGGCACCGCCCCUCCCACCCCAGCGGGCAGCAUCACCACUCUGACUGUCCAGACCACCCGCACCUCCACCAUCAUCAGCUGUGCGCCUACCGUCACCAACUGCCCGGCUGGCAAGCCCGAGAUGUCCACCAUUCCCGAGUCUGACCGCCAGAUCAAGACCGUCACCGAGACUGUUGACCUGACCACCACCGUCUGCCCCGUCGCCGAGGCCAGCACCAUCUCCCAGCAGAUCAUCGAGAAGCACAAGUCUGCUUCUUCUGCUGCUGCCCCCAGCCAGACGCAGCCUCCUGUUCAGACCACCGACAUCAUCUCCACCAAGACGAUUACCCUGACCAUGGGCUCCGGCGACAGACAGUCUGUUGUGCCUACCGUCAUCACCACCACCAUCAAGUCCACCAUCACCCCCCCUGCUGGUGCUUCCAAGACCAACGAGGAGACUGUCACCACCACGGCUACCUCCACCUCGACCAAGACCGUCACCAUCACUCGCGCCAAGGCCACUCCCUCCGCCGCUGCCGGCAACAACAACGGUGGCAACGGCAACAGCGGCAACGGCGAGAAGUGUGCCUCCGGAGCCGCUCCCGCUACUGUUACCGUAACUGUCGCUCAGACCACUGUGACUGCCGCUCCCGUCACCGUCACCGUGUCUGCUCCUUGUGCCGCCACCUCUGCCCCUGCCGGCAGCAAGCAGGUUGAGCAGGAGAAGCCCGCUGGCAAGGACAACAACAGCAAGCCCGCCGGUGGUGAGAAGGCCAAGGCCAGCCAGCCUCCCGCUGAGGCCUCUACCACUCCCUGCGAGUCUGACUCUACCACCACCAUCGAGGCCACCGUCACUGUUGUCCCCUAUCCCGCCAACAACGGCACCACCCCCACCGCCACUGGUGCUCCCGCCCCCUCUGGCUUUGCCCGUCUCCGCCGCUAA